AUGGGCCAGUCGCAUUCCAAAUCCAACUCGAACCAGGGCGACACCCUGCAGUCGUAUCCUUCCUUCUCCCGCUCCGAAACCAAGGAGUCUCUCCGCUCCAUCCGGGGUUCCCUCCGAUCCAGGAUCCUCAGUAGUGACAGCCCCCGCGCGUCCACCUCCGCACUAUCGGAUGACCGCUCCGAGACCGGGUCCGUCAAGUCCGUCGGCAGCCGACGCAGCUCCACGAACCUCAGCACCACCCAGUCGGGCGUCGCGGAUGACACCGCCUCCCAGCCCGAUGCCCCCGACCCGCCGCCCUCCCCGUCGCUGUCGACCAGCCUGAAACGGGGCCAUAAAGAUGUGGGUGCCAUGCAGCAGAGUGGCGAGGUCGACCAUGUCUCCGAUGCGCCGCUCAACGCCAGGGCGGCGCCCGUGGGCCCGUCCUCGCAGGCGGUGGGCGAAUCCAUCCUCAUCAAGCGCGAGGGUCAGAUGAAUCCCAUCCUGGAUUUCAUCAUGAACCCGCCAUCGGAGGCCUCCUCGUCGCCGGGCAUGGGCAUGGGCGCCUUGAAGUCGAUCGAUCUGGAUGACAUGAUCUCACGUCUCCUGGACGCGGGUUACUCGACCAAGGUCACCAAGACCGUCUGUCUCAAGAACGCCGAAAUCACGGCCGUCUGCAGCGCCGCCCGCGAGCUGUUCCUGUCCCAGCCGGCCCUGUUGGAGCUGUCCGCCCCCGUCAAGAUCGUGGGAGAUGUGCAUGGUCAGUACACCGACCUGAUCCGGCUGUUCGAGAUGUGCGGCUUCCCGCCGACGUCCAACUACCUCUUCCUGGGCGAUUAUGUCGACCGUGGCAAGCAGAGUCUCGAGACCAUCCUCCUCCUUCUCUGCUACAAGCUCAAAUACCCCGAGAAUUUCUUCCUCCUGCGUGGCAACCACGAAUGCGCCAACGUGACCCGCGUGUAUGGGUUCUACGACGAGUGUAAGCGCCGGUGUAACAUCAAGACCUGGAAGACCUUCAUCGACACCUUCAACUGCCUGCCCAUCGCGUCCAUCGUAGCGGGGAAGAUCUUCUGCGUGCACGGCGGGCUCUCCCCGAGUCUCUCCCACAUGGACGACAUCCGUGGCAUCGCUCGACCCACCGACGUGCCGGAUUACGGCUUGCUGAACGAUCUGCUCUGGAGCGAUCCGGCGGACAUGGAGGAAGACUGGGAGCCCAACGAGCGCGGUGUCAGCUAUUGCUUCGGAAAGAAGGUGAUCAUGAACUUCCUGCAGCGCCACGACUUCGACCUGGUGUGCCGCGCCCACAUGGUGGUCGAGGAUGGAUAUGAAUUCUAUCAGGACCGGGUUCUCGUGACCGUGUUCUCCGCCCCUAACUACUGCGGUGAAUUUGACAAUUGGGGCGCGAUCAUGUCGGUCUCGGGCGAGUUACUGUGUAGUUUCGAGUUGCUGAAGCCUUUGGAUUCGACGGCGUUGAAGAAUCAUAUCAAGAAGGGCCGGAACAAGCGAAACAGCAUGCUGAGCAGUCCGCCCGCGACCGUGUCUGCGCAAAGCUUCUAA